UUGUGUUGAAGAACUUCAUUCAUCUCCAAAUUUGGUCUUACUCGGCAGAUUCUUGCUCCAAGACUUUUAAGAGUCUCAAUAUAUGAUUCAGAGUUGACUGUUUCUCCUCUUUGAAGAAAUCAAUAAGAAUAACACCUUGAGCACCUCAAAAGACAGUCUCCUUGGUUUUUCCAGUUGACUUUCUACUUUGAGCUUUUUAGUCUUUGUAGAUGUCGUUUGAUGACGCCGUUUGAUGACGCCAUUUCAUUGAUUGUAUUUUUUUAAAUUCUGGUUCAUGACGUAUAAUCCAAGUUUCAUCACCGGUUAUGAACCUUUGAAAGAAAAUUUUCUCUCUUUCACUGAAUCACUGAAUUCAAAGAGUUCAGUACAACAAUUGUUUUGGUACCCAACUAGCGCACACUUGAGAAUAUCUAUGAGACUCAAUAAUGUAAUGAGCACUACCAUGGCUAACUCCAACCUCUAAUACCAAUUCAGCUCUCAUUAAAGCAUCUACUUUUUACCUCUAGGCAAAGAUGACUAAGUUGAUGGGUGGCCUCUACGAAGCAUGUCUGCUAAGCUUGAAUUUCAAUUCUUUUUGCUCUGUUGAAUUCUCAUUCAGACAGCGGGCCUAGCCUAUCUCCACACAUUGCUGUAGUCUAAAGCUUUAUCUUUGUAAACAUUUUUCAGUCUUUUGUGAGUGUUUACUAGAUUUUCUCCUUCGGCAUCAAGGAACUCAAUUACGGACUUCAAGUGGGAAAAACCAUUUUAAUAUCAGCUCAUGUAUUCAUAAUUCUAAAAGAAAAAAUAACAACUAGAUAAUUAACGAUCAAGAGUAUAUAUGCCUUUACCAAAUACCAAAAAAUUUCAUUGAAAAAUGCGCCGCUAAUGAUAAAAGUGAAACUCCAUACCACUUGUGUGAACAAUCACCUCCCGCUAUGCCGCCUUCUGCACCAUCUACAAACCCAUCAACAUCAAAGGUUUUCAGGUGGGAAGUUUUUGAGAUUAUUAUGGUUACCCCUGGAAAUUGCAAAAUGUAAGAACUCUCACACAAUCGCAGCAAAAAUACCGUUGGAAGAAAAUGCUUCAAAGAAACUGGAUAUUCUACCACUAAAAAUGAUUUUGUUCGUUGAAAGAUAUUUGAAGGAUGCGCCAACACAGCCAGACAGAAGAAAAAGAUGUAUCAGGAGAAAAAGUUUGAGAAUUCUUGGUGUAGAAUAUAGUGCGCGUGUUAUUGCAUUGAAAUAUAAUUCUCAAGCAUAUAAGUUGUGUGUACCGUGUUACACACAACUUAUAUGCUUGAGAGAUACAGGGAAGAGGGGUUGACUGUGUAGAAUAAACAUUCAAACACCAGGAAAUGCUGAAAUUAAUUGCAGGGUAUGGUGGAAAUGAUUUCAGGAAAAAUUUAUGCAACUUUCAAAUAUUAAAAAAAAAAAAAAAUCAAAGCAAAAAAACAAAAACUGUAAUCAAAGAAUUAAUAUAUUCUCAAAAAAAAUAAAAUCGUACAUAUAACACACAUUGCAGUUAGUUUUCCACUUUUCUACCUCUCGCUUUGCAAGUAUGACGUCAGUCGCAGUCGUUGCUCUUCUCUACCUCCCUUUCUGAUGGUGUCUAUAUCUUCCUUACCUACCUCAGCCACAAACAGAUCGUACUUAUGUAGCCUGGUUGUUGUGUCUACACGU